AACAUAACUACAAAGAACCGUCCACUGCUGGUAUACGAUCCUUGUACAUGCAAAGGCGGAUCUUCUCAAAGGUGACCUCUGCAAACAAAGAAAAAUCCUCCAUUUUACGGAAAUGUGACGACCCAAUGGAGAGAGCUAAGUCUGUUUUUGACAAGUGGCAAAUUUUGGAAAAAUUGCCCCUCGGCCGCGUAGACGCGUUGCACACUCAAUUCCGCAAGGGAGACUUCGUUGACGUUGGAGUCUCCAUUGACAUUAGCAUCUUUUGUGGCAACUGCACCAAACAGUUAGUUCAAGCUCAUCCCAAACUAGAACAUAUCCUUCAAGUGACACUAAUCUCUCAACUGCAAUCUCUUGGAGUUGUCAGUGAAAAAAAUCAAUCAAGAGUUCUGAUUCUUCCAAGGACUCUGCCAGGUCAUCAGUAGUCAAGGCUCAUUUGACAUUUGAUAUGCUUGAGGAAUAGAUAGCUGCCAUCUUUUUGGCUCAUUAUUGUUACUUAGGUCACUCUUGUUCAAACAUAACCCUCAAUAAAACCUUUUCAUUUUUAA